GUUCGCUAUAGACUAGAGCAUAGUAUAGAGAAAGUUCUGUAACCUCUCGAGGGCGGCACGGGACAGAGCAAAAGAGAUAGUUCAACCUCGUCGCUCAGGAAGGAGAUUUUAAAUCUGAAUUUCAACUGUAAAGAUGUCAGGUGAAGAUGGUGCUGCUGCAGUUGAGACUGCUGCCCCAGCUCUAGGGGAGCCAAUGGAUGUCAUGACAGCCUUGCAGCUUGUUCUGAAGAAAUCAUUAGCCAAUGGUGGGCUUGCACGAGGGCUUCAUGAAGGAGCUAAGGUGAUUGAAAAGCAUGCUGCACAGCUCUGCGUAUUGGCUGAGGACUGCAACCAGCCAGACUUUGUUAAACUGGUCAAAGCACUUUGUGCUGAUCACAAUGUAAGCUUGAUAUCAGUGCCAAGUGCUAAAACACUUGGAGAGUGGGCUGGUUUGUGUAAAAUUGAUUCAGAGGGCAAGGCAAGGAAAGUGGUGGGAUGCUCCUGCGUUGUCAUCAAGGACUAUGGGGAAGAAUCAGAGGGUCUCCAUAUUGUCCAGGAGUACGUGAAGUCUCACUGAGUGAAUAGUUGAUUGAAGAGUUUGGAGUUUAAUCUGUAGGGACAUUUUUUCCCUUUUAUAUUGGUAGCUUGAGGGAUACCCCCUUCUUUUUGGGAGUUCUUUUUUUGAGUCUUGAUUGAUUAUCAUACUUGAUUUAAGUAUGAUUGGUUAUAUUGGUAGCCUGAAGUCUUGAUUGAUUAUCGUUCCAGUCACCCCUACUGAGAAAUCAGUAUAAUAUAGUUUCUGGUUGGGACCAGUGUAUCAUUUUCCUAUUUAAAGUGGUCCAAAGUCGUAUGGCCUUGUUUAGACCAUGUCAUGUUUGCCUCCAAAGUGGUCCAAAGUCGUAUGAAUUCAUGGGGUGUCGAAGCAACAAACUCGGAGCUUUUGCUCUUGUUAUAUUUUUUCUUUCGAAGCUUGAUGUGGUGAAACCUUCAUUGAUCAAGUGUUCAGGCUACGUAAUGAAUGAACCACCUUAUUGGCUGA